GGCCCAUAACCGCUUUGACCUCGUAUCAGAAACAAGUAAAAUACAAAAGGUGGCCGGAAAACAUAACCGGACUUUCUCGUCGCAGAGAAGAUUACUCCUUACAGAGAUUCCUCGCUAAGCUGCGCGAUUAAUAGCAUAGAUGAAGGUUAAGAAACAGAAGAGGCAUAGGAAGAUUUUGACGUUUUACACUGCAUGCUUUGGUUUUCGUAAGCCUUUCAAAAUUAUUUGUGAUGGAACAUUUAUUCAUCACCUUCUUGUGAAUCGUAUAACCCCUGCUGAUAAGGCCCUUGGCAAUAUUCUUAAUUCUACUGUGAAGCUCUACACAACAAGAUGUAUUCUAGCUGAGUUGAAACGGCUUGGUAAAUCAUAUUCUGAGGAUCUUGAGGCAGCUCAUAAACUUAUAAUUGCAAGAUGUGAGCAUGAUAAAUGUGUGAGGGCAGAUAUCUGCGUUACGGAGGUUGUUGGAGAAAAUAAUUCCGAGCACUUUUUUGUUGCUAGUCAGGACACUGGCCUACGAAAGAAGUUGGAAGAGAUACCAGGCGUGCCUCUCAUAUUCGGUCUCAGAAAUGCUCUUUUCCUUGAAUCUCCAUCUGCAUUUCAGCGGGAAUAUGUCAAAACAUCUGAAGAAGGACGGUUGCAUAUGACUGAGAAAGAAUUCCAGAUAUUUAGAGAUAGGGCAAAGAAUAUAUUGGCUGGUGGGGAAGCUGAUACUUCCAAUACUGAAAUAAUAGAAAAUAAGGAUUCAGGAGAUCAAAUUGCAAGUUCCCAGGCAAUAAAAAGAAGAAUUACUUCAAGAAAUCAGAUGGGCAUCAAGGAUAAACCUCAGUUCAAGAGAAAAAGAGCUAAGGGUCCAAAUCCACUUUCGUGUAAGCCGAAGAAAAGUCGUGAAAACCAAAACAAUCCUUCGAAGGAAUCGAAAGGCGACAACGACACAGUGAAGAGAAACAGAAAAAGGAAAAGGUCACGUAAAGGGCAAACGCCGGCGGAAACAGGCAGUUAGGGAUAGAUCAUUAGGUAUAUAUGGAUGAGCUCCUUGAGUUUGCUACUGCUGAUAAGUUUAGCGAGAAUGCCAAAUUUUAAUUUAUGUUGGCAUGACACACAUGGAUCAUUAAGUACAUUAGUUGUAUUUUGAAUUUUUUACUGUCUAUAUUGCCAUCAAAAUAUGGACACAUCAAAAGUGCCGAUAUUGUUGAUUUGGAGAACGAUUCCAACGAGGCAGCGAUUUCAAAUUAUUAAGCUUAUAACGUGUGAAGUUAUGAGUAUUUUAUGUCUCUGAAGACUAACUUAUUAGUUAUGCUAUGUGAUUAUUUUAUUAGAGCAUCUUCUUUGUAAGUCCACUUUGGAUUCCAUAAUUACUGUCAAGUGGUGUCUACAA